CUACAACCGACUCUGAUUUCCACAACAAAAUCCCUUUACUACUUAUUGACCACUCUCAAUCUUUUCAUUGCUGAUUUUUUUUCCCGUUUUUGGAAAAUGGGUUCUUUGAUGAACGAGGAAUUGAUAGAAGAGGAGUCAAAAGAAGCAAUUUUAUACGUUAAUGGAGUUCGUCGAGUGUUACCUGAUGGAUUAGCCCAUUUGACUCUUCUUGAAUAUCUAAGAGAAAUAGGCCUGACAGGCACCAAGCUAGGCUGUGGUGAAGGUGGGUGUGGGGCAUGCACUGUAAUGGUUUCUUAUUUUGAUCAGAAUUUGAAGAAAUGUGUGCACCAUGCAGUAAAUGCAUGCUUGGCUCCUCUAUAUUCUGUGGAAGGGAUGCAUGUCAUCACAGUGGAGGGAAUUGGGAACCGUAAAGCUGGAUUGCACCCAAUUCAGGAAUCAUUGGCUCGCUCGCAUGGUUCACAAUGUGGAUUCUGCACUCCUGGUUUCGUCAUGUCCAUGUAUGCAUUACUACGAUCAUCUAAAGAACAGCCUACAGAAGAGCAAAUUGAAGAAAGCCUUGCCGGAAAUUUAUGUCGAUGUACUGGUUAUAGGCCAAUUGUUGAUGCAUUUCGGGUAUUCACAAAAACUAAUAAUGCUUUAUACACCAGCACAUCUUUACAAGACAUUAAUACUGGUGAAUUUAUCUGUCCUUCAACGGGUAAGCCUUGUUCAUGUGGGCCGAAGGCUGAAAGUAGUGAAGAAACCAUCAAACAAAAUUUAAGCAAUGAUUGUGGCUGGAAGCCACUUUCUUACAAUGAAACCGAUGGAACCACGUACACCAGCAAAGAAUUUAUUUUCCCUCCUGAACUUAUAUUAAGGAAAUUGACCUAUUUAAGUUUGAGUGGAUCAAAUGGACGAAAGUGGUAUAGGCCCUUAAAACUUCAGCAUCUGUUGGAUUUAAAAGCAAGAUUUCCAGAUGCCCGGUUAGUUGUUGGAAAUACAGAAGUGGGAAUUGAAGUCAGGCUUAAAGGUAUUCACUAUCCUAUAUUAAUAUCUGUUGCACAUGUUCCUGAACUUAACUAUAUAAGAGUUGAGGAUAAUGGCUUAGAAAUAGGUGCUGGAGUUAAAUUAUCACAGCUUUUGGAUGUAUUAAAGAAGGUAAGAAAUAACCGCCCUGAGUAUGAAACAUCAUCAUGUCGAGCUCUCAUCGAGCAGAUAAAGUGGUUUGCUGGAACACAAAUACGAAAUGUUGCAUCAGUUGGUGGGAAUAUCUGCACUGCGAGCCCAAUAUCCGAUUUGAACCCUCUUUGGAUGGCAGCAGGAGCGACGUUUCGAAUAAUUGAUUGCAAAGGAAAUGUCAGAACAUGUCUGGCUAAAAAUUUCUUCCGGGGCUAUCGUAAAGUGGAUCUGACAAGUAGUGAAAUUUUACUGUCGGUAUCAUUGCCUUGGAAUAAGCCAUUCGAGUUUGUGAAAGAAUUUAAGCAAUCUCAUAGGAGAGAUGAUGAUAUUGCCAUCGUCAAUUCUGGGAUGUGUGUCUGUCUUGAAGAGAAGGACAAGAACUGGUUAGUUUCAGAUGCUUUGAUUGUAUAUGGUGGGGUUGCUCCACUUUCAUUUGCUGCAUCAAAAACUUGUGACUUCUUAAUCGGGAAAAGUUGGAAUAAAGAGCUGCUGCAGGGUGCUUUGAAAAUUUUGGAGGAGGAAAUUGUGCUGAAAGAAGAUGCACCUGGUGGGAUGGUUGAAUUUCGAAAAUCAUUAACAUUUAGCUUCUUCUUCAAAUUUUUCUUGUGGGUUUGUCAUCAAAUGGAUGGACAACCAUUAUUUCUUGAGAAAGUUCCAGCUUCGCAUGUUUCAGCUGUAGAUUCAUCUCUUCGACCAUCCGUUAGUUCAAUCCAGGAUUUUGAGAUCACGAGGCAUGGUACUUCUGUGGGUUCCCCUGAAGUUCAUAUUUCAUCAAGGCUUCAGGUUUCUGGAGAGGCCGAAUAUACUGAUGAUGAGCCAAUGCCACCCAAUAGUUUGCAUGCUGCUCUGAUAUUGAGUAAAAAACCUCAUGCUCGUAUACUUUUGAUAGAUGAUUCGGGAGCCAGGUCCUCUCCUGGAUUUGCAGGAAUCUUUUUGGCUAAAGAUGUACCUGGUAAGAAUAUGAUUGGACCAGUUAUUGCGGAUGAGGAACUUUUUGCCACAGAGUUUGUCACUUCUGUGGGUCAGGUUAUUGGAGUGGUUGUAGCUGACACACAUGAAAAUGCAAAACUUGCUGCUAGAAAGGUUCAUGUUGAGUAUGAGGAGCUACCUCCAGUUUUAUCGAUAGAGGAUGCUAUACAGGCCAACAGUUAUCAUCCUAAUACGGAAAGGUGUAUGACAAAGGGUGAUGUUGAACAGUGUUUCCAGUCGGGUCAAUGUGACAGUAUUAUAGAAGGAGAAGUUAGGGUAGGUGGUCAAGAACAUUUCUAUUUGGAGCCUCAUGGCACAUUUUUAUGGACAGUGGAUAGUGGGAAUGAGGUGCACAUGAUCUCAUCUACCCAGGCUCCUCAGAAGCACCAGAAGUAUGUCUCUCUUGUUCUUGGUCUUCCGAUGUCAAAAGUGGUUUGCAAGACCAAAAGGAUAGGUGGUGGAUUUGGAGGCAAGGAGACUAGGUCUGCUAUGCUUGCUGCUGCAGCGGCUGUUCCAUCAUACCUGUUGGAUCGUCCAGUGAAAAUUAUUCUGGAUAGGGAUAUAGACAUGAUGAUAAUGGGGCAGCGACAUAGCUUUCUUGGGAAGUACAAGGUUGGUUUUACAAAUGCUGGGAAAGUACUUGCCUUGGAUCUUCAUAUCUACAAUAAUGCUGGAAAUUCAUUAGACCUAUCAGUCGCUGUACUUGAACGUUCUAUGUUCCAUUCACACAAUGUCUAUGAAAUACCAAAUAUGAUGAUUAAUGGAAAAGCAUGCUUCACUAAUUUUCCUAGUAAUACAGCUUUUAGAGGGUUUGGAGGCCCACAGGGUAUGCUAAUUGCUGAGAAUUGGAUAGAGAGGAUUGCGGUGGAAGUUAACAAAAGCCCAGAAGAAAUAAGGGAAAUAAAUUUCAUCAGUGAAGGAUCAGUCUUGCAUUAUGGUCAAAAAGUUGAAGACUGUACCUUGGGGCGUCUCUGGAAUGAACUGAAAUCUUCUUGUGAUUUCAUUAAUGCUCAAAAUGAAGUUGAAAAUUUCAAUCGCCAUAAUCGAUGGAAGAAGCGAGGUAUUGCCAUGGUGCCAACCAAAUUUGGGAUAGCUUUCACUUUCAAGUCUAUGAACCAGGCAGGUGCUCUUGUUCAAGUUUAUACAGAUGGAACAGUGUUGGUUACUCAUGGGGGUGUGGAGAUGGGCCAAGGUUUGCAUACAAAAGUUGCUCAGAUUGCUGCAUCUUCCUUUAACAUCCCUCUAAGUGCAGUAUUCAUUUCAGACACAAGUACUGACAAGGUACCUAAUGCUUCACCAACAGCUGCUUCUGCAAGUUCUGACAUGUAUGGAGCUGCAGUAUUGGAUGCAUGCGAGCAAAUAAAAGCACGGAUGGAGCCUAUUGCAUCCAAGUCUAACUUCAGCUCUUUUGAGGAGCUUGUCAGUGCGUGCUACUUCGAGAGAAUAGACCUUUCUGCUCAUGGGUUCUUCAUUACACCUGAUAUUGGCUUUGAUUGGAAAUCUGGAAAAGGCAAUCCAUUUAGGUACUUCACCUAUGGUGCUGCAUUUUCCGAAGUUGAAAUUGACACAUUGACAGGUGAUUUCCAUACUAGGAGAGCAGACGUCCUCCUAGACCUUGGGUUCUCCCUCAAUCCGGCGAUUGAUGUUGGACAGAUAGAAGGAGCAUUUCUACAGGGUCUUGGAUGGGUAGCACUGGAAGAGCUGAAAUGGGGCGAUAAAGCACACAAGUGGAUUCCACCUGGAUGCUUAUUCACAUGUGGACCUGGAAAUUACAAGCUUCCAUCUUUGAAUGAUGUGCCUUUCAAAUUUAAUGUCUCUCUUUUGAAAAAUGCCCCAAACACCAAGGCUAUUCAUUCAUCUAAAGCAGUAGGGGAACCACCCUUCUUUCUUGCAUCAUCUGCCUUUUUCGCCAUCAAGAAUGCCAUAAAAUCUGCAAGGAUGGAAGCUGAUUACAGCGACUGGUUCCCUCUUGAUAAUCCAGCAACUCCAGAGCGUAUUCGAAUGGCUUGCACUGAUGAGUUUACAAGAUUACUUGUGGAUUCUAAUUUUCGGCCAAAGCUAAGUGUUUGAUGGUUGUACGAUACUGAUGUGAAGGCUUAGAGCUUCUGUAUAUUUUCCUGUAACAUUAUGUGACACACUUGAUAAUAACAUGUUAGAUGAUAAUUUAUUCUUGAAAUACAGAGAAAACAUCUUCUGAACAUUAUAAUGGUUAAUAUAAAAAAUAUGUAAUAAGUUUUGCAAAUAAAAGUUCCAUAAAUUCUACGUA